AUAUACUUAUAUCGUUUCCAUCAACCAAGAAAUGCAAACGACAUCUUUAUUCAGGAAACUCUUCUUCUUCUUUCUUCAGAUAUACAUAACCUGCACUCAGACUGCGACAAACAAUAACAUAGAUAGAGCAGAAAACUCUGUUUGCCGUGAUAGACUUGGAAAUUUCAGACCAAAAGAUUUCAAACUUUCAACUUGCUCCCUUUGUUAUUUCUACCUCGUAGUCGAAAACCCAAACUUUGUUUUGAAUCGAGAAAUUUCAGUGAAACAGUUCCAAAAUGAACCAUUUCUGUUGCUUCAAAAUGGUUCAGAUGCAAAUGGAAAUAUCGAAAUUCACCCGGACUUUGAAAAUCGGGCGUCAGUUGAUAUAAUUUGUGACACACUUGAUGACGUCACUUGUAAUGAAUGGCUAUCUUGCUGCAAAGGGGCAUGGGAUUGCUGCCAGACGCAGGUGCACCGGAAACGUCCCGACGAUGAAGAAAAUUAUUGCCCACAAACGUUUGACGGAUGGGACUGUUGGGAUUUUACACUAUUAAAUCAAACUGUGACGCAGGCUUGCCCUGAAUUUUUAGCUCCAAACAAAGGUGCAACAAGUUCGAAAACCUGUGGUUCAGAUGGUAACUGGAAGACAAAUGAUAACUCGGAAUUAGAGUUUACUGAGUAUGAAGAUUGUUCCAGAAAGGACCAAAACAAGGUUUACAGGACUCCAAUCCUCGUUGGAAUGGUUGUGAAUAUAGCAGGAAUGAUGUUACUUGUACCCUCUAUUACAAUAUUUCUAAUAUACAGGCCUUUACGCAGACAACAUCGCAUUAAAAUCCACCUGAACUUUUUCAUAUCAAUUCUCGUAGCAAGCAUUUUAGGUUUGAUUUGGGACGCUGUUGUCCGUUUGGACAGAUUGGAAAAUAAAAAGGAAGAGUCAUUUCUACAUAACCAACAGGUAGUGCAAUGUAUUAUGUGCAAAAUGCUGCACGUGCUACACCGAUUUGCACGUGCCAGUACAUUCUUCUGGAUGUCGUGUGAAGGAUUUUUUCUACACAGACUUUUGGUCAACGCAUUUUCACCACCGAAACGUUUUAUUGGAUACAUCAUAUAUGCAUGGGGUGUCCCCUUGGUUUUGUGUUGCAUGUAUGCAUUGAUAAGAAAAAAAUUUAGCAAAAUGACGGGUAUUCACACCAUUGUUUGCAGUCUGUGUUGGAUUUUGCCAUUAAAAGAUAACCACGUGGCUUUGGACUGGGUUCUUAUUUAUACACCAUCAAUUGUCUGCAUCACGGCAAAUAUUGUUUUCCUCUUUAACAUUCUGAAACUUUUGGUGCAGAAAUCAACAAAACAUCCAAACGAACCAAACAAUUUCAGGCGGAUAUUAAAAGCUACUUUUAUUUUGGUACCUUUGUUCGGAAUACACCAAUUUUGUCUCAUAUACAGACCGAGUCCGGAUACCGGGGAUUGGUACGAGGCUUACGAAAUCAUCAGUGCAAUUUUUAUCAACUCUCAGGGCAUUAUUGUCAGCCUUUUGUUUUGUUACUUCAAUAAAGAGGUACAAUGCAGUAUAAAACUAAGUUUUAAAAGACUAGGGCGAAGAUAUUCACAAAGACGAAACAGCGACGGAAGAAAGCUUUCUAUGUCCAUUUCAAGUACGUCUCGGCGAACAUCUGUUUCCAGCGUCCAAAACGGUGUUAUAACAACUUUGUACGAAAACGGACUCACUUACAAUCAACCAUUCAAUGAAAAAGACAUAAAGGGUUACGGACUUGGUGGAAAAGAAACAGGGAAUAAAGCAUCUGUAAUUGAAUUACAAGUUAAAAUGAGUGAUCAGCAAAGGCAAAAAGAUUGUCCAAUCACUGCAACGAAAAGCAAGGAAGAUAAUGAAAAUGAAGAGUACCUGUCGAUUGAAACAUUUACAGAAUCUGUGAGACUUUGACUGGGAUACGGCGGAUGAUUGAAUGAAUAUUGUCUUCUAAUAAUUAAUAUGCUCAGUCUGGUAAUGGGAAAACAUUAUUUAACAUGUAUUUUUAAAUUCGAAUGAGAAUUUUAAAAAAUACAUACUUUUUGUUUAUUACUCUUCAUCUCACACCCACUGCGCAAAACAAAUAUAGAAAAUAUGGACUCAUGUCAUUUUGCAUGUUAAAAAUGUUAAAUCAUAUCAUGUACUUCGGGAACUUACUUGAUAGAAAGACUUAAUCAGCAGUUUAAACAGCGAAGUGUUUUGUUGUUGUUGUUGUUGUUGUUGUUGUUGAAGGCAUUUGAAAAUUAAAUAAAUAAAAUAACAAUGUAACUUUAAAUUUGUUUUAAAUGCAAUUUAUGAAUCCACCUCCGUAAGCUCUGAUGUGAGGGGAAAAGAAACGACAAAAGUUAUAGUUAAAUUGAAAAUUGUCAUUUUAAUGAUAAAAUGACGGAUAAAGUAAAAAAUAUGAUUUUGCAUAAAAACAAUUACAAUGGGACUAGAAAUAAUUCAACUAUAAAAUGUUUUCCUGGGGGAAAGAACCGCCAACAAUAUUAUUGCAUGUUAAUUAUAGUAUCAAUAAAACAAAUUACGAAAACUAAUCUAAACAAUCCACCAUAUUGAAUGUACUUUGCAGAUUGGCAUAACAAUGUUACAUUAUAAAGAGCAGUAUUAUACUAAAAUUGGGAAAACUUCUUUGUUUUUAAUUACUGGUAAACAUACAGAUUCAGUGGGAUUCAGAGACUGUUCAUUUUGUAACGAUUUUUACUGUCAUUCUGUGAUUUUUUAUUUAACACUAGCCUAUUUGUUUUGUUAUUUUCCUCCCAAUCGGCUUCAACAAAGUAAACACCUCUGCCUCACAGUUCUCUAUUCCUAAAAAGGGCUUGCUCGAGUUCGAGCAAAUUGCGAGAGGCUUCAGGUCGCUUUCUUACACGCCUGUUCAAUUCACCGACAAGUGUGAGGUUUAGAUCUGGUGACUUGGGAUGCAGGAGUUGCUUGAACUAGAGGAAGACCUUAUUCAGGAAUGGAGAAAUAUUCCCCAAGCCAUCAUGAAAAACUACGUCAUAACCAUGAGACAUGUUUUAAUCACACUUUCUUAUAGCAAUGGGAGGACAUACAAAGUAUUAACAUACAGAUUUAGUGGAAUUCAGAGACUUUUUAUUUUUUACGAUACU